AUGGCGCCAAUACGACUCUCAGCGCCGUCGCCGUGCCGCCUCUCCACGAUUACAUCCCACAUAUCCCCCAGCAUCUCCUCUCAACAAAUACCCAAUACAACAACAAUAGCAGCAACAAUAGCAACAACGACAAUAACAACCACCCCCCUCCGCGCCUUCAGCACCACCCCCCCAACCCCCCGCCAAAAGCCCUCCCACCUAACCGUGCCCACGGACCAAGUCCCCGCGUACCCAUACGGCCGGUUCCGGACCUACAAGCAGGCGAACGAGGGGCUCUUCGCCGGGUCCAAGAUCCGCUUCGGCAACGUAGUCGCCCCGGACCACGGCAACAAGUCGCGCACGACGUGGCUGCCGAACCGGCACACCAAGCGCCUGUGGUCCGCGAGCCUAGGCGCCUUCGUGCGCACGCGCCUGACCACCGGCGUCCUCAAGACCGUCGACCGCCUCGGCGGCAUCGACGAGUACCUCCUCGGCUCCAAGGCCCGCCGCAUCAAGGACCUGGGCCCCGCCGGCUGGGCUCUGCGCUGGAAGAUCAUGCAGACGCCCGCCGUGCGCGAGCGCUUCGCCCGCGAGCGCGCCGCCCUGGGUCUGCCGCCUAAGGAGGAGGACGAUGGUAGAGGGGAAACGCUUCCCGGAGAACUAGUCGCCGACGGCGUUACGUCCGAGGCUGUGCUGAGCGAGGUCGACGGUAUGCUGGAGCGCGGUGACGAGUUUGUCAUAGGGGAGGUGAAGGAUGGCGAGGAAUUGCUUAUCAAGGAAGACGGGGAGGCGAUUGGAGAGGCUAGGGAGACUGGGGAGACUGGGGAGACUACUGAGGAUGUCAAGGACGCCAUAGAGGAAGAGAAACCUAGCGGCGACGACAAGGCACCUAAGGUAUGA